AUGAGCGGCAACAAACACGAUCUUAACGGAACCGAUCCCACCCGGAAUGGCAUCAACGGCUCGGACGACGUCGAAAUGAAAGAUAGUUCAAAGAAUUCAAAAAAGAUGCCAAAGCAGUCAAAGGAAAAGGAUGGUGAUGACGAGAUGACCGUUGUCGUGCCACCCGCGAAGGGUUCCAGCACCGCGAACCCACCUCAUAAUGCUACCGACGCAGAUCUCACAAAUGGGGCAAUAGAUGACGACGGCGAAAAGGAAGGUGAAGAGGAAGUUGAUCCUCAAGAAAAGGCAAUCGAGGAAAUCAAAGCCAACCUUCCGUUACUGGAACGUGCUGUCAGCCAGUUCGAUCCUCGAUUCAGCUUGAGAGUCCUCCGAUCCAUACCUUCAAUCCGAAAACAUCUGUCCCCAUAUGUUUUAGCCUCUGUUGUUACCGACACAUACGCAACCCCGACCGCGACUGCAAUGUCCCUACUCAGCGCCGUCAAAGAUGAUCCAUCUUUUCCAACCCAACACGUUGAGGAAUGGCACAGCAAGAGGGAGUCUGCGCACCAAAAGAGCUCACACAAAGAGGUUCUCCCCGAAAUAGACGUCUACCUGUCGAUUUUGGUGCAAGUUCAUCUCUACGAUAAGAAAUCAGUCAACGCAGGCGCCCAGUUUUCAAGCGCCCUGGUUGAACAUCUUCGGACGUUGAAUCGCCGGACGUUGGAUUCACUGUCAGCUCGGGUGUAUUUCUACUAUGCGCUUUUUUUCGAAGAAAUGACGCCCCUGCCGCCCUCGCCUGCAGCUGCGGUGAUCUCAAUCCGGAAGCCGCUCCUCGAUGCUUUACGCACUGCAACAUUGAGAAAAGAUCAGGACAUUCAAGCCGCGGUCACAACUCUGCUUCUGCGGAAUUAUCUUUCUACAUCUCAUGUCACCCAGGCAGACCUGUUGAUAUCCCACACCAAAUUCCCUGCCAACGCCGCCAACAACCAGAUUGCCAGGUAUUUCUACUAUCUUGGACGUAUUCGAGCAAUCCAACUUUCGUACACUGAAGCUCACGAGCACCUAACUGGAGCGGCGCGCAAAUCACCGACGUCCUACAAGGCCAGCGGAUUCUAUCAAGCCUCGACCAAAAUGCUCAUUGUGGUUGAGCUGUUGAUGGGGGACAUCCCGGACCGUGCCAUCUUCCGCCAGCCGAGUUUAGAGAAAGCAUUGCAGCCAUAUCUUCAGCUUGUUCAAGCCGUCAGCUCGGGAGAUGUGAUCGGAUUUCAGACCUUGGUCCAGCGGUACAACGCCACCUUUAGAAAAGAUGACACGUACACGCUUAUUUUGAGACUUAGACAGAAUGUGAUCAGAACCGGCAUUCGCAUGAUGUCUCUUUCAUAUGCCAGAAUCUCUUUGCGUGAUAUGUGUUUGCGACUGGGCCUAGACAGUGAGGAGUCGGCAGAGUACAUUGUGGCAAAGGCAAUUCGCGAUGGGGUCAUUGAAGCCAGCCUGGACCAUGAGCGUGGGUACAUGAAGAGUAAGGAAGUGGGAGACGUGUACGCCACCAGAGAGCCAGGCGAUGCUUUCCAUGAGCGUAUCCAAGCUUGCUUAGCUUUGCACGAUGAAAGCGUCAAGGCUAUGCGUUUCCCCAUGAACCAACACCGAUUAGAGCUUAAGAAUGCUCAAGAGGCUCGUGAGCGCGAACGGGAGCUUGCGAAGGAGAUUGUGGACGGAGAAAUGGACGAGGAUGAUGCUCCUGGCGGUGAUUUCGACGGGAUCUGA